GAGCUUGAGAGAGAGAAGCUGAUGAAAUACCUGGGAGGACAAUGAUUGGGAAAUCUUACUUCCUGGUGUCACUGCUCCAAGCUGGACUGGCACAAAACUGGAAAGCCAAGACACCACGUGAGGUGACAGCACAGGAAGGUUCCUGUGCACAGAUUCCAUGUCAUUACAGGUAUCCUUCAAAACUGGCAGACCAACAUCGAGAUGGAAUCUGGUUUAAUAACAAGAAAGAAGUCACAUCGUCGAUAGCCUUUCACUCCCAAGAUCACAGUCAAGCGGCACCACAUUUCCACCAUCGGACCCGACUGUUUGGACGCCUGAAAGAUGGAGACUGUUCUCUGAUUAUAAACAACAUCAGGCGGGAAGAUGCAGGACCUUACUUUUUCAGAGUAGAAUUUGAGAGAAAGUAUAAAUUCAGCUACAGACCUGUAACCCAGCUUCACGUUUCCGGGUCCAGAAGUGGUUUAUGAGAUUUCACAGAUAAACCCAUGAUAUUCCCUAUGGAAAUUAUUGCAGGGAAGCGUGUGAACCUGAGCUGCACCUUCAACACAACAUGCAAUGGAACAGCUCCUGCCUUAACCUGGGACACUCCCACUGCAGUACCCGGAUCAGUGUCAAACACUGUAACUCAGCAUGGUGUCACUCUGACCUAUACUUCUGUUCUGGGCCUGACACCAUCACUCAGACACCACGGACAAACUCUCACCUGCAGAGUGCGUUAUCCAACUGUUUCAACAGAGCAGACCUUCGUACUGACAGUGCAAUAUGCACCACGGAAUCUCUCAAUUACAUCUCUUGCUGCGAUUAAAGAUUCAUCAAUCAAUAUAACCGAGGGGAAAACUGCAGUGAUAGUCUGCUCUAUCAACAGCUUCCCAGCUUCUAACCUGACAUGGAGACAUCUUAAUGCCACAAUGAACAGAACAAGUUCCAACAAUGAGUUGUGUUUGGAAAUUCCUCAUGUUACAUACAGGGACACUGGAGACUAUCAGUGUGUGGCAGAGAAUGUCCAUGGAGUAGUAGAGGGCUCCAUAAGCAUCUUUGUGCAAUAUCCCCCACGGCAGACUACAGUGUCCAUCAGUGGACCCUCAGGUGGGAUCAGAGAAGGACAAAAUGUCACAUUAACCUGCUCCAGUGAAGGUGUCCCACCGAUAUCUCAUUACACUUGGUUCAGGAUCGAGGGAAACACCAGCGCCCGGUUAAACACAAGCAGCCGGAUUCUCUCCUUCACUCCAGUGACACGUGGGAAUGAUGCCAGAUUCUACUGCACAGUGACAAACCCAUUGGGUAACAGCAGCUCCGACACGAUCCACUUGAACGUGGAAUAUGGUCCGAAGAUUUCCCAGAAGUCAAAAUGUGCUCAGACAGCAGAGGGGAUCACCUGUGUCUGUGUGGCCUACUCCAACCCCCCCGCAGACCUCACCUGGCACCUGCCCCAUGCCAACCUCAGCAGUAACCAAACACACAGAGGUUUUGUGUUGCAGCAACGCAGGGAGCAGCAUCUGGUGAUGUGUUCCCUGCUCCUGAUGGGCCAUCAGGAUGAAGAAAAAGUUGUAGCAUCUUGCUCGGUUCAAAACCCGCAUGGGACGGCCAUGUUCAAGGUGUAUCUUUGGAUACAAGGUAGAGAUUCCAAUAAAUGGACAGUGGGACUGGUCAUGGCAGGAAUCCUGUUCAGUGUUUUGCUGGCCGGAAUCUUAAUCUUCCUGUAUGUGCAGAAGAGAAAGACAGCGGCUGAGGUAGCAUCCUCAAAGACCAAUGGCGCUUCGGUGAUCUACGGUCGACUGUCUGUGAAACACCAGGAUUUACAGAACAUCAUGGUUACUGAUUCUCAGAACAUAACCAGGGGCACAACUAAUGAGGGGAAGGCACAAACUUGCCGAAAUGUCUUUGAGGGUCCAGUGGGAGGAGAGGCUGCAAACCACAACAGAAAUGAGGAUAUUCUCUAUGCCAAUAUCAACUUCUCAAAGCUGCCGAGCAGUGAUGGGACUGUGCAGAGGGGCGAGGACACAGAAUAUGCACAGAUCAGAUUCCAGAGAAAGACAGCAGCUGAGGAGGCAGCUUCAAAGACCAAUGACAUUGCAUUGACCCCAUCUUCUGUUUCCAUUUCUCUGCAGGAUUCACAGAACAUCAUGGUUACUGACUCUCAGAACACAACCAGGGAUACAGCUAGUGAAGGGGAGACACUAGCUCCCCAAGAUGUCUCCGAGUGUCCAGUGGGAGGAGAUGCUGCACACGUUGACAGAACUGAGGAUCUUCUCUAUGCCAACAAAAUCCCAAAGCUGCCCAGCAGUGAUGGGGCUGUGCACAGGAGUGAGAACACAAAGAUCAGAUGCCAGCCAAACUGA